AUGUCCGCCGCCAGACAGCGGAGCAGCAAGGGCAGCGGCUCGGCGGGCUCGGAAAAGGGAGCCCAGUCCCACUCCGGCGGCGCGGAUGACGUGGCAAAGAAGCAGCAGCAGCAGGCUCCCGCCAAGGGGAGCAAAGCAGCGGCUGGAGGCCGCCCGUCCCCCUGCAGCCUGGGCAAGGCUUUUCACGCUCUCUUCUCCCUCGCGCUGGUCGGAGCCGCCGUGUUCUCGGGCUGGGGCGUGCAGCACCUCCUGGGGGAGGUCAGCCAGCUCAGCCUGCGCCACGAGGGCGCGGCGCGGCAGCGAGAGGAGCUGGCUCACGCCCUGGAGGGGGUCGUGCAGAAGGUGCAUUCUCUUCAAGCCACAUUUGGAGAUUUUGAAUCCAUGAUGAAAAGUGCUCAGCAUAAACAAGAAGUUACUGAGAAGACUGUUAAACAAGGGGAGAGUGAAAUAAAUCGAAUCAGUGAAGUUCUUCAAAAACUACAAAAUGAAAUCCUGAAAGACCUGUCUGAUGGCAUCCAUGUGGUAAAGGACGCAAGAGAACGAGACUUCAUGUCGCUUGAAAACACUGUGGAAGAAAGAUUAACAGAGUUGACCAGGUCUAUCAAUGAUAACAUUGCCAUAUUCACUGCAGUCCAGAAAAGGAGCCAAAAUGAAAUCAACGAUAUGAAAGCAAGGGUGGCUUCACUGGGAGAAAUAGAUGUGUAUAAACAUGAAUUAAAGGCGUUGAAAGAUGCUGUUGAUGAGAUGCAAACAUCCAUGAAAACCAAAGAAAAGGCCAUAGAGUCUCUGAAAAGUACAAUAGAGUCCAUGGAAUCUGAUGUUUAUACUGAAAUCAAAGCAUUAGUCAACCUCAAACAGGAACUUGAGAAGUUCAAAGAGACUGCAGACACAGAACACCUUUCAUUAAAAGCUUUUCAAGAGAAAGUUCUUAAAGCUGAAGAAUCCAUUAUGCAGCUCCCUGAUGAGAUUAAAAGACUUGAUGAAGAUUUACUGCAAAUUAAAGCCAACCUUAACAAACAGGAAGAAAAUGUACUCUCCAAAAAUGUGUUAGAAACCCUUGAAAAGAACAGGGAAGACUUUGAAUUCAGAUUCAGACAUGUAGAAGACAAUUUUCGGUCUCUAAGUUCUACUGAUACUCAACAGACUGAAAAGAUGGAAUCACUUCUUUCUAAGCACGAAGAGUAUGAAAGCAAGCUAGCUGCUCUAGAGGAAGCCAUUGAAUCUCUACGUAGUACCUCAGAUGUUGAUGUACAUUCAAUAACCGACACUGUGCGAAGUCUUAGUGAAUCUCAGCUCUCAUUAUACAAUGAUGUUGAUGAACUGAGAAGAAGUGUGAGUGACCUACCAAACUCUGCUGAUGCACUUCAUAACAUCCAGAAACAAGUUAGUGCUUUGCUGGAUCAAGAAAAGCCUCAGAUGGGCCAAGCACAAUCUCAAGACUAUCUUGAAAAACUGUCUUCUGUAGAAGGCUCUGUAGACAAAUUAAGAUCUUUUGUCAAUCAAGUCGAAUCUGACUUGAAAAUGAUAAGAACUGCAGUAGAUAGUUUAGUUGCUUACUCAGUGAAAAUAGAAACUAAUGAGAACAACGUGGAGUCUGUGAAGAGUUUGGUAGAUGACCUAAGGAAUGAUCUGGAUAGAUUGUUUAUGAAAGUAGAAAAGAUACAUGAAAAAGUUUAA